CCUGACUCGAGCCUGCCAGAAUUAAACCGUACCAUGUUCUGCCUUUAAGGACUGCUUCACAACAAGCUGCCAGAAUGAUGAAAACAAAAUUCUCAAGAAGGAAAACAGACUUCAAUCUCUUGCUAAUAAAUCGUGUGUGAAAAGGAGCCGCGGUGAAGAAAUGGCUUCUCACAAGUCAAAGACUGGCACCAAGAUAAAUGUUACAAAGGCAGAAUCCAGUGCAGUGGAUGAGUAUGUGACACCUGGGGGCUAUGAGCUGGAGAAAAUCCUCAACCGUGGGAGUGUGGCUUACACUCAUGUCAACGAGGUCUGGCCUAACGUGUACAUCGGAGACGAGCAGACCGCAAAGGACAAGUCCAGUCUGAGAAGGUUGGGGAUCACGCACGUCUUGAACGCAGCAGAGGGGACGUGGAACAACGUGGACACCGGCGCUGGCUACUACAGCGACAUGGAUGUGGUCUACUAUGGCGUGGUCGCAGAGGACGUCCAAACCUUUGACCUCAGCCAGUAUUUCUUCUCUGCAGCUCGGUUCAUGGAAGAAACGCUGAAGAAUCCUCAGAAUAAACUGCUGGUGCACUGCGUGAUGGGAAGGAGUCGGUCCGCCACCCUCUUCCUGGCAUACCUCAUGAUCUGCGAGGGCAUGACGGUGGUCGACGCCAUCGAGCAUGUGAAGAGACGCAGGCGGAUCAUCCCCAACUGGGGCUUCCUGAAGCAGCUGAGAGAGCUGGACAUGCACCUCCUGGAGCAAAGAGACUCGAUGGAGCAGAGAUGAUUUUAAAACUUGGUCCAAAAGUAAAUCAAGAGAAUCAAACCGAAGUCGAGUCUCAAGUAAUUUGAGAACAAGUCCCAGUCAGGGUUCAUAACCUUUAAGACGAACUCUAUACUCGAGUCUUAAGUAGUUAGACAAAUGUAACAAGUACUUAAAGACGAGAUUAAGUUCAAGUCGUGUCAACUCAAAAUCAGCAAAAAUCAGGAUGCGAGUGUCAGCGUAUGAACAUUUUCUCUUUAAAGAUGUUUUUCCAUAUUUACUGUCAAAUGUUGUCGUCCCAUUUAUUUAUUUUUGUAUCGUUGUUACUUUACUGGGACUUUACCAAAACCACG